GUGUGUUUCAUCAAGCAUUUAAACGUUUAUAAUGGAUUUUGAGGAUUUUGAAAUGUUUCCUAUCAAAGAAAAUGAUCAACAACAAUUUCUUUUUCACGAAUCGGAUAUAUUUUCUCAAGGAUUUAUGAUUUUCGAAGAAAUUCGAAGGCAAGGAAAAUUUUGCGAUGUCACAAUAAAGGUUGAAGAUCAGAGUUUUAGUGCUCAUAAAAUUGUUCUUGCGGCUACAAUUCCAUAUUUUCAUGCAAUGUUUUUAAAUAAUAUGGCUGAAAGUAAAUUGAAUGAUAUAACAUUACAAGGAUUUGAUCCUCUUGCACUUGAAUCUUUAAUAAAUUUUUCAUAUAGCGGCAAAAUAAUGAUAAAUCAAUCAAAUGUACAAAGAAUAAUGAUUGGAGCGUCAUUUUUACAAUUACAAAAGGUUCGUGAUGCUUGUGCGAGUUUUUUAAAAAAUCACUUACAUCCAACUAAUGUAUUGGGAUUUCACGAGCUUGCUAACCGAUUAAAUUGUACAGUACUUAUUGAAGAAUGCUCUAAAUUUAUUAAUCAGUAUUUUCAUCAAGUAUCAUUAUGUGAUGAAUUUUUACAACUAUCAUUUUUUGAUAUCAAAAAUCUUAUUGGUAAAGAUGAGCUUUAUGUUGUUUCUGAAGCUCAAGUAUUUGAAGCUGUUAUUCGGUGGGUUAAAUAUAAAAAAGAUGAACGACUGCAUAACUUACCACAGCUGUUAAUACUUGUGCGAUUACCUCUUUUAAGUCCUGAAUAUUUAGUUGAUCAUGUAGCCAAAGAAGAGUUGAUAAAACAGUCUCAUGAAUGCAGAGAUUUAUUAGAUGAUGCUAAAGACUGUCUUCUAAUGCCAGAACGUCGACAUUUGUUAGAUAGCGCAAGAUUCCGUCCUCGAAUUUGUGAUGAUUUAGUAGGACAUAUAUUUGCAGUUGGCGGUUUAACGAAAUUUGGUAAUUCAUUGAGUACCGUUGAAGUCUUUAAUCCUAUUAAAAAUGUUUGGAGAAUAUCAGAAGCUAUGACAAUGGAUAGAAGUCGAGUAGGAGUGGCAGUACAUCAAAAUAAAUUAUAUGCUUUUGGUGGUUACAAUGGUGUAGAAAGGUUAUCAACCGUUGAAGUGUAUUAUCCAACAUUAAAAUAUUGGAAAAUUAUUUCUUCUAUGCAAUGUAAACGAAGUGCUGUUGGAACAGCAUCGUUAAAUGAUUACAUUUAUGUUUGUGGUGGAUAUGAUGGUGUCAUUUCAUUGAACACAGUCGAAAGAUAUUGUCCAGCAACAGACAAAUGGCAAAUGUUACGAUCGAUGAAUAAACAUCGGUCUGCUGGAGGAGUUAUUGCAUUUGAAGGAUACAUUUAUGUACUUGGUGGACAUGAUGGACUUUCAAUAUUUGACUCUGUUGAGAGAUAUGACCCCCAAACAGGAAUUUGGACACCAGUUAAAUCGAUGUUAAGUCGAAGAUGUCGUCUUGGUGUUGCAACUCUUUAUGGAAAAUUAUAUGCCUGUGGUGGAUACGAUGGAUCAACAUUUUCACAAUCAGUUGAAGUUUAUGAUCCACAAAAAGACACAUGGGAAUAUGUGGCGCCAAUGAAUAUGAUGCGAAGUCGAGCAGCUUUAGUUUCGAAUAUGGGUAAAUUAUGGGCUAUUGGUGGAUAUGAUGGUGUAUCCAAUCUAUCUACUGUUGAGACAUAUGAUCCUCGAACAAAUACGUGGACAUUUGCUCCUUCAAUGUGCGCUCAUGAAGGAGGUGUUGGUGUUGGAGUUAUUAGAAUGAAUGAUGCAGAUCCGAAUGUGUAUUUUUAAUAUUUUAUAUGUAACCAAAUAAAAAUA